AUCCAAAAAAUAUAAUUAGGGAUUUCUGGUUCGUGUUCGAAGUUUGAAUUCAUUUAUUCAUAUUUUGUAUUAGUUUUAUUUAGGCUAGACUCCCAGUGGUAGUUACUGAGUAUGUCGAAAUCUUUUUAUUAAGAAUUACUACGAAUCUGAGUCGUACUGAACGCUAAACAACACUGGUACGAACAUUAUACUUUGAUUUAACAUUGCAAUAUUUUUCAUAACGAGUCAACAUUAUUUUAUUAGAAAAUAUGAUGCUGGAAACCACAGAGGUACGUAAUAUGGAUGUUUCGCUCAAAUUUCAACUGGUCAAUUUAUUGGACAUUAACGAUGGCUGGAAAACACUUAUGGCUAAUGUAACUGUUGACUGUGACCCAAAUAAAAGUCUGAAAUAUACCGUUGAUCACAUAAAGUUAAUAGAAAUGGCAAGCCAAACACAACGACGAUUUUGUAGUGCAAUAUUUUUAGAAGAAUGGGGAACUAGUGGUAAUAUUAGGCCUAACCUCAAGAUACUUAUGGAUCUAUUAUUCGAAUUAAAACUAAUACGAGCUGCUGAAUGUGUAGCUUCUAAAAUAAUGAUUGAUAGACGUAUUGACAGGUUGGAAACAUCUAUGCACUUUUUCAACAUGGAUGAAUACACGGAUAAUGAUAAUAGUGAAAAUUGAGUCUACUUUGUUAAUUGCUCAUCAGGUAGAAACCAGAUCAACUUAAGUGAUGAUAAAAAAAGUACAAGGUAAUAAGUGCAAUUUGACUAUCCCGAGUCAAAGCCUGCGGCGGUUAGGCCUACCAAGAUACCGGACUUUCCCGGUGCGCCUUCUUCCAUUGCAGUGAUGACAAUUUUUUUAAGUUGGGAUCCAUAAGAGCUUUUAACUUUUAAGGCCUUAGUUUUAUCUUAAAACUAUGUAAUAAAAUUAGUAUGGUAUAGCUACAAAUAAUAAAUUGUUAUUAGAAACUUAAUUAUUGUUAGUGAUUUUUAUAUCUGAUCAUUUUAUUCAUUACCGCAACGAGAAAAAUUUAUAUAAAACCAGGCACAUGAUAAAACCUGUUAUAACAAUAAUAUACUAUUUAAUACAAUCGACGAUAACGCAACGCAAACGCAACGCUAUUUAAGCAAUAUAUCAGGAGGCUUGUAUUAAAUUUUGAUGCUUUUUGGCCCAACAAAUAAACUAUUAUUGAUAUUUAUGGAAAAAAACUAAAAAAAUUGAAAUUUUAAAUUGUCCGUAAACAGCUCAAAACAAGUAAAAAUAU